CCGUCAUGGCGGCGCGCAUCUGUCACCUACCCGCUUCGCUUCUGCGGCCACUCCGAGGCGUUUUCAGCCUCCGAAACCUGGUUCCCGGAGCAACUACCAGCCUGAGACCCGCCUGCACCACCGAGCCGAGUGCGCAAACGCCGGGGAUCGUCGAGUCGACGGAAGAGUACAAGUUCGUCGAGCGCCUCAUUCCCGCCUCAAGGGUCCCCGAUCCACCGCGCCACACUGGCCCAACACCUUCGGGCUGGACGCCCCCUGCGGACACUCCUCCGGAUCUGCCCUAUAUGAUCCGCCGCUCCCGCAUGCACAACAUACCGGUGUACACGGACCUGACCCACGGGAACCGCUGGAUGACGCUGGUGCGGAAGGUGGAGGGCGAUAUCUGGGCCCUGGAGAAGGACGUGAGGGAGUUCCUCAGAGACGUCACGGGGAAGGAGCUGCCGACGCAAGUCAACGAGGUGACCAUGACCCUAAAGGUCAAGGGUCAAUACGACAAAGAACUGAAGCAGUGGCUGAGUGAGAAAGGCUUCUGAAGGGACACUCAUGGUUCAUGCUCACAGAUACUUGUGCAAAUAUUUCUAUGAUGGAUUCUGCAAUAAAUGUUGUAAUGGCCCUGAAAAACCACUGACAGAAUGUAUAUUAAUGAGUGAACGUUCACUAAGAAUAAUCACAUUAUGUUGAAAAUCUGUUUUUGAUUUUAGUCCUGUUAAUAAUUAAAGUCAAAAUGUGA